GAGCCUGCGGCCGUUAGUGACAGGGUGGGGCGCCAUGGUGCCGUUGCGGGUGUUGUUCGUGCUGCUUCUGCUGCGGCCGGAGAGAGGUUGCGCCCUGUGGAGGGAUAGAACUGCGGAAGAAAACUAUGAACUCUUUACUUCCAAGAAAGAUACCUUUGAGGAUGAAGAGCAGUAUUUGCCUGCUUCUGAUCCUUCUUAUUGUUUCACGUGCUAUUCAACAAUAGCUUCAGAAAUGGAAGGUGCAGAUCAACUCUUCUUAAAUGAGCACCAGUUAACUUUGUGGAUAUAUGAUCCUGAAAGUGCAGAUGCCUCUGAAUUGAAUCACACUGCAGUUUUUCCAUCAGAAGAAAAGUACAUUUGCAAGAUUUUCUCUUCAGUUAAUACUGCAGCAGUAACACAGAGUUCUCAGAUACUCAGCAAGAUGUUACGGAUUUGGGGACAGAAACCUGUUGUUCAGACCUAUUUCAAACAAAAAACAUACCGUUCUGAGAGGCUUCCAAAAUUCGGAUUAUGGGUAGCUGAUAUACCUGAAAUAUCUGAUGACAUCAUCAUAAAAAUAACUGGAGUAUUUCAGGAGUGCUUUGUUCAAAGUACUUCUUUUGUAGUUCCAAGGCCCAAGCAAUCAUUUCCUAGCAAGGAAAACGACAUCUCACUCUGUUCCCUUUGUAAUACUGAACUCUCUAUUAAAUGGUCUGCAUGUUUUCCAACAACAGCAGUUUUGUUAUCAAAUUUUGGAACUUUCUAUACAGACAAUGCAUUCAAAACGCACAUAGAAAUUAAAGUUCUCUCAGAUAUUUUGACCAAAGGCCUAAAUAGCAAUAUAAGUGUUGUGGCUCUGUCAGAUAAUGGAAUCUCAUUUUUAAUAAACAGCACUUGUUAUAAAAGAGAAGCCAGACAUGUUUUUAAAGUUGGAGCAGAACACAAGCUUCCUGAGAGUGAAAUAGUUGGAAUGCAUUCAAGAUGUUGGUGUUCAUCUGUCUAUCCAGUGCAGAGUGGAAAACAACUAAGUAUUUUGGCAGCAGGGAUGUCUGCUGAGCUGUAUGAUGGAUAUAAUGAAGCAUUCAAUAAAAUAGCAGAUACUGCGAGCUUAGUGAAGAUCAUCAGUGUUCCAAACACUGCUUCUUUAACUGUAACAACUGUUAGAUGUGACUCAGUCUCAUGUGAAGUGACAAUAUUACUUAUCUGCAAUGCCUGCAGCUCCUCCAGACAAUUUUUUCUGGCAUUUUAUAAUGAAGACAGACAACUCUGGGGCUUAGGAGAUUUUUACUUACCUGUUUCUCAAAGUUCUGCUAUGAGGAUGAUAUACAUAAAUUCAGCAUUAUUUUCUGGACUGCUGUGGGAUGAUGUGUUUACUACACCUAUGAAAAUAGCACGAAUAAUGGAUAUCUUCAUGUGUCUGCAUCAACACUACCAGAUAUGUCUGAUGGGAGCACCAUCCACCAGAUUAUUCUUGGAAUUUACAUUUUCUCAUCAAACUGACUAUAUUUUAGAAUCCAAUUAUACACAGGCAUUAGAAUUGACCAGUGGUGUUAUGUCAGCUGAACUGAAGCCUCGCGCUGUUGAAAAUGCACAUAAAUUACAGCAUCAGGUCUCUCACUUUUUUGUUGGCUGCUCUCCAGGAAGGCACACUGCUGUUAAGAUAUAUGAUAUUUAUGUUAGAAACGUUGAAGCAAAUUUUGUAUUGUGGGAGUUAAAAGGCAGAACUGACGAUGGGUACACUUCAUCCAUGAAAAAAAAUUACAGAUCCUGUUUUGAGCUUGAGAAGAGUUCAAAGGAAGGACUUGGAAGGAAUGAGCAGUACCAGAUUUUAAACAGCACUUCUCAAAACCACAUCGCUCAGCCUUUUAGUGAUGAUGCCACUUAUGUGUUCAGAGUGAGAACAUUAACUCGAAACUACAGGUUAUUGUCUUUUUUAAUGUUAAAAAAAAAAUUCACAAGCACUAAUUAA